UGCCGCGCAGGAAUGUGAAAGGCGCGCGCCCGCCGCCAUUUUCUCUCUUUCUUGGCAGACGGCGGCAGCGGCCGGAGCGGCGCCGCGGAGGCCAUGGCCGACUAUUCCACGGUGCCCCCUCCUGCCGCGGGCGCGCCCGGGGGAGGUGGCGGCGGGGCUGGAGGAGUGAACGAUGCCUUUAAAGACGCGCUGCAGAGAGCUAGGCAGAUUGCAGCGAAAAUUGGAGGAGAUGCUGGCACAGCAAUGAAUUCAAACGACUACGGUUACGGAGGGCAGAAAAGACCUCUUGAGGAUGGAGAUGGCUCUUGGACAAGUCCGAGCAGUACAACACACUGGGAGGGAAUGCCCUCUCCUUUUAAAGAUCAACCAGAUGCUAAGAAAGUUGCUCCCCAGAAUGACUCUUUUGGAAAUCAGCUACCACCGAUGCAUCAGCAGCAAAGGUCUGUGAUGACAGAGGAAUACAAAGUUCCAGAUGGGAUGGUUGGAUUCAUAAUUGGCAGAGGUGGAGAGCAGAUCUCACGCAUACAGCAAGAGUCUGGCUGUAAAAUACAGAUUGCACCUGAUAGUGGAGGCCUGCCUGAAAGAUCAUGUAUGCUGACUGGAACACCAGAGUCUGUUCAGUCAGCAAAAAGAUUGCUUGAUCAGAUAGUUGAAAAGGGAAGACCUGCACCUGGAUUUCAUCAUGGUGAUGGACCUGGAAAUGCAGUCCAAGAAAUUAUGAUUCCAGCAAGUAAAGCAGGAUUAGUUAUUGGGAAAGGUGGAGAAACAAUUAAACAAUUACAGGAGCGGGCAGGUGUCAAAAUGGUCAUGAUUCAAGAUGGUCCACAGAACACUGGUGCAGACAAGCCCCUUAGGAUAACUGGAGACCCUUAUAAAGUUCAGCAAGCCAAGGAAAUGGUGCUGGAGUUAAUUCGCGAUCAAGGUGGCUUUAGAGAGGUGCGCAACGAAUAUGGGUCAAGAAUAGGAGGAAAUGAAGGGAUAGACGUUCCAAUACCACGAUUUGCUGUAGGUAUUGUAAUUGGAAGAAAUGGAGAGAUGAUUAAAAAGAUCCAGAAUGAUGCUGGUGUUAGGAUCCAGUUCAAGCCAGAUGAUGGAACAACUCCAGAUAGAAUAGCCCAGAUCACAGGGCCUCCUGACAGAUGUCAGCAUGCUGCAGAAAUUAUUACUGAUCUCCUUCGCAGUGUUCAGGCUGGUAACCCUGGUGGACCAGGACCUGGUGGUCGAGGAAGGGGUAGAGGCCAAGGCAACUGGAACAUGGGGCCUCCUGGUGGAUUACAGGAGUUCAAUUUUAUUGUCCCUACUGGCAAAACUGGAUUAAUCAUUGGAAAAGGUGGUGAAACUAUUAAAAGUAUAAGUCAACAGUCUGGUGCUAGAAUAGAACUUCAGAGAAAUCCUCCACCUAAUGCAGAUCCAAACAUGAAGAUGUUUACUAUCCGUGGAACACCCCAGCAAAUAGAUUAUGCACGACAACUUAUAGAAGAAAAGAUUGGAGGUCCAGUGAACCCAUUGGGUCCACCUGUUCCCCAUGGUCCCCAUGGUGUUGUUCCUGGCCCGCAUGGACCUCCUGGGCCACCAGGUCCUGGUGCUCCUAUGGGACCAUAUAAUCCAGCUCCUUAUAACCCAGGCCCUCCUGGUCCUGCACCUCAUGGUCCUCCAGCUCCAUAUGCUCCACAGGGAUGGGGAAAUGCUUAUCCACACUGGCAGCCACCAAACCCACCAGACCCAGGUAAGCCAGGAACAGAUCCCAAUUCAGCUGCGUGGGCAGCUUAUUAUGCUCACUAUUAUCAGCAGCAAGCACAGCCACCACCUGCAGCCCCUCCUGGUGGACCAGCUACAACCCAAACCAAUGGACAAGGAGAUCAGCCAAAUCCAGCACCAGCAGGGCAGGUUGACUAUACCAAGGCCUGGGAGGAGUACUACAAAAAAAUGGGUCAAGCUGUUCCUGCCCCUGCUGGGGCUCCUCCGGGCGGGCAGCCAGAUUACAGCGCGGCGUGGGCCGAGUACUACCGGCAGCAGGCAGCGUACUACGCUCAGACAAGUCCACAGGGAAUGCCACAGCAUCCUCCAGCACCACAGUGCAGGUUUGAUCCAGCCAGUAUAGAACUAGCUCUAUAGGGGUGAGGAGGACUGUGCUGUGUAUCAUCCUUGAUUGUUCCUUCAAGGAGCAUUGCACUGUAAGUACAUCAGAAUGACAAAUUGAUGAACUGCAACAGUAUCUUUUUGUCAAUGUUCCACAUAAUGCAAAUGCUGUACUUGUGUGAUAUUAUGUUGGAAUACAGUGCUGGUAUCUUAGGAAAUCAUAAUUGCUUCUUAAUUCAGAAACAUAGGUUUGCUUUUAUAUAUAUACAUACACAUAAUCUGAGUUUUGUGGGUAAGUAUUUCUGAAACUGCUAGCAAUAGCUAAAGAAAAUCAUGUUUCUGUUUAUCUAAGAGUUUCUUUCAUUAGUACUCAUGAGACAGCUGUCAUUCAGUGUUUUAAAGUAUGCAUAUCAUAACAUUGAAGUCUUUGGAACCACUUGUUAGACAGAGUUGUCUUUGUUUCCAGAUAGUUUGUGGAUAUGUAGUGAUGUAGGUAUGUUUUACAUAAUUCUAUAACUGUUAAUUGCUUUUAUUUUUGGAACACCAUGUUGUUGCUUUGAGAAUAAAUUUUUUUAGGGUGGCUGCACAGAGAAGUAAAAGUUAAGGCUUGAAAACUGAAGUAGUUUUUUCAGGUAAUGAGCAAUGUAUGCAUUGUGCUGUAGAAAUAGAAGGAAUUAUUUUUAUCCUUUUAAAGCUAGGAAUUUGCUGGUAGCUUGAAGAAGGCUAGGACAGUAUUUGCUAUCUUUAGUGUAGGGUAUUAAGUUUAGUAGUUCAGGUAUUUUGCAUGGUAUUUUAUAGAUAACCUUACAGAAUGGUGCAUUUAUUAUGUACUAAACUGAGCAAAAUUAAAUUCACUGGAUUCUUUAUCAUUCACAAAAUGGAGGCUGUUGAUUUUGAUUCAUUUAAGGUAUAAAAUCUUUAUUAAUUGCAAACAGUGCAAUUAUUUAUACUUCACAGUGCCUUCCCAGACCUUCCACCUUAGGUUCUGCUGCAAAAAAGCAACAGGUAAGCACAACCUAAGGAAGUAUAUAAAUUAAUAUAUUUCAGUACAUUAAUGUUGUCCCUGUGAGAUCUUUGUGGUUGUGUAUUGAAAAGCAAUCUGCUGCUUCCCCAAAUGCAUUGUUACUCACGGUUCCAUUUGAGUGGAAAAUCUUAAGUUUUUAAACAACUGUUUAUAUUUCUAGGUCAAUAUGUAUUUUUUUUCUUUUUUCUUUUUUUUUUUAGAGAAGAUUAUUAGAUUGCAGUAAUUGAACUUGAUCAGAAGAAGUAAUUUUUGUUAUUUUACCCAAAUAGUUAAUUGUUGCAAUUAAAGAAUCAAAACCUUUAAAAUGUGCAGGAAUUGCUUUGGUUAGAAAUGUCAACAGCCUUCACAAAUGUUUUUUUUCCUAUAAUAGGGCACUAUUCCCACUUAAUCCUUAAGAUCUAAAUGUAAAGAAUGACUUCUUGUUGUUAUCACUGAACUUGAUAACUUGUCUUACAGUUAUAGUGUGUUAGUGGAGUUUGCUUAUACAUACUUGACAUGGUAGGAAAAGAGAUUUUGGAGUUUGAGAUGAGUAUGUUUUAAUUGAAAAAGCAUGAGCACCAAUUAACAGUACAGCAAAUAAUAUUUUAUCACUAUAGCAGUCAGUAUAUGCUGUUGCUUGAUAUUUUUAACUGAAUUGCUGAAUAUUUUGAUAGUAUAAAAUGUUAAAUGUCUUACAGAUGGUCUGGUACAGGUUUUUAUUCUGAGCUUUUGUUGUUGGUUUUUUUAGCUUAACAUAAAGCAGCAUCUGUUUGGUUUUUUUGUUCAUUAUUCUGGUUCUAGAAUGUGCUGCUCCUCUUUCAAAAGUCCUGCUUAUCUGUACAUCAAAGAAAAAUAUUCAAAAAUACUGCCUUCAUUUUCACACACAGUGCUGAAGAUGCUGCAAGCACCAAAUCAUAGCUCAUAGAAUCAGGUCCUGAGAUAGUUACUACCAGUAAAGAGGAAUCCUUUGAGUGUAUGCCAUUGGUGAGCCGAUGAGCAUGGACCGUAGAAGGGCUCCAUGUAGAAGGUAAAAUUGGCAAAAGCAUAACAGAUUUGAAAUGUAUCCCAUACAUAAUGAUACAGGGUAUAAUUUUUGUUUUGAUCACUUUUCAUUCUUUAAAGUAUUCUUUGUUUGACCAUUAAUGUUCCAUAAUCUGUUAAAGUUUUUUUAACUGUGAUUUAAUAAUAUAAACCAUCUAUUUUACUUUAUAAUCUUCUAAACAGUCAAGCUAAUUUUUGAACUGAAUUAAUAGUUGUGCUUCAGUUUCUCAAGCCACUUAGUAUUUCAUCUGUAGCUUAACAUGUAACUUUAUUUUUGACGUGAGAAGAGGGUAGGUGUGUGUACCAUUUGGAUUUUGAUACUGUGGAUUUAGUGUGGGGGUGAGUCAUUUGUUCACUUCCUUUUUCAUGGUACUUUUUCCUUCAACUGUUACUAUUAAAAUACCUUGAACAGUCUUUCAGUUGCUAAUUUAGCCUGUGGGAGGAGAUAGAGAAGAAAAAGCCAGUGUAUUGGGAUGUUGCUAGUGUGUGGAAGGUGAGAUGUCCUUCUGUGUAGCAUUUCGGGUGUAUUGGCUUCCAGCUUUCUCACUGCAGGGCUUACAGGCAUGCUGGUUUGUGCAGAGCAUGUGUUCCUUUUUCAACUCUUGUCUUCAAACUCAGAGUUCCUGGGACAACAGUAGCUUAUUGGAGUUACCCCAGUAGCCAAAAAGAUAACUGAACUUGCUUAGAAAUGUAGUGAACUUAUCCAAAAGGUGUCUUGAAAUGUUUCCUGCUUACCCCACCCAUCACUGCUUAGUGUCCCACAAUGAAUGUGAAGAGUAAGAAAAGUUUUAAAAGCAAGCAUAAUGUUCCAAGUAGGAAAAGAAUUUUCAUAUCACUUUCUGCAGCCUGUACUUUAUUAGGACAUGGAAUAAAAUACCAGGUGGAUGCUCUUUAGUAUGGCUUAAUUACUACAUCAUCUGUUUCACUUGUCAGGCAGACAGGGUCACGAUUCACUUGCACAGCCUAUCUUGAAGUAUUUCAUCUUUAUACUAGUGAUAUUUUAUUGGAUGGUAGAAACUGUUUCUCCCCAUUUCUUUUCCAAAGUAAUUCUUAAGUUUUCCAUUGCAUGCUAAAAGCUUUUCCAUUUUGCUUUUUUUCCGGAAGUGGUGGGAGGAAGGGAGGACUGGGCUUUUCAGAAAGCAUACAGUUGACAGGAUUCCCUCUUCCCUAGUAAUAGCUUAUGAAACUCUUGUGUAUGCACAAAUAUUUCUCUUGCGUGCAUGUGAAAUGCCUUUUCGUCCUGAGAAAAGUGUUCUCUGCAGAAACUACCCGUGUGUAAACAGAAGAUUGGCUUUAAAAGGCAACUGUGAUGGGAACAGUGUCUUAGGGAGAUGCAGCUUGGACUUGAGGUAAAUUGAAUGCUUUACAAAAAUGUGGUUUUGAGCUUGCAUUGACAUUGUAUGUAAUAUGGGUACACAUUAACUGUAUAAUGGUUUUUGUAUGGUUUUUCUCAAUAAAUGUAAACUGAUGAAUAAUAAUAGCAAUGGUUUUGUCUUUUUUUAUGCUCCUAUCCCUGCCUUUGUUACUUUGAAGUAACAGCUUCAGAGCAAAAUUUUUGUAGCGGCCUGUACUUCUGUGAACAUAAUCCACAAAAAAAUGAAGUAAAAUAUUUGUGGUUAUUAGAGUAAAUACUAAUUCAAAACACUAUGCACCUCGUUACCCUUUUUUAAUGAGGCCAAAGAGUGACUUGCAGCAGGUAACUGUACAAAGAAGGCAGAUUCAGCCACAGUACUAUACACGAGUACUUUAAAAUGUGACCUUUUUUUGUAAAGUUACUCCUCCCAAAGCUUCAUCUUUGGUUCAGAUAGGUGUUAGCAGAGCAACAUGAAUGUUGAUGUCUGGAGGUCUUAGAGAAAAGUAGUACAGUAACCUUAAGAAAACAGUGUUUAUAGAUGUGGCAAUAAACUUACUGCAUUGAGAUUGAGAAAAUAGGCGCUUCAUGAAAUAUUCUUCUUAAGGCUUUUUUUCACCAGCUUCAAAUAUGAGUCAAUCAUAGAUGUCACCACCUGUUUGUUUCAGUGUCAUUUUACAAGCAAGUGUUGAUACUUUGAAGAUUACUACAAACCUAAAGGAGAUUGUUUUUAUUUGAGAUUAUCAGCUGCAUAGGUUAAUUAGAGCAGAACAUUUUCAAUGCAAGCCCAUUUUAAAACAAGUUAUGCUGCUUGAAACAAUGGUGAGCAGUCACGUCAUCUUUUAUUCUUUAAAAAUAGUACACUUGGGUUUUUGAAAAUCAUCAGUAAGUAUUUCCUUUGCCAGUUCAGUGCCUCUGGGAUAAGGUGGAACAGCUUAAAUAUUCAGUGCUCAUGCAGGAUGCUCCAACAGAUUUACGCUACUACACAAGUUCCACAUCGUGUAUUCAGCUUUAUUCUGUUACACAAGAGUUGGUCUUCAAAUGCUGGAGCACUAUGAUAAUACAGCUUUUUCCUUCAGUUGAUCUUUCAUACAUUGAUUUUUUUAUUUUUAGCCUCUGAUAGUAGUUUUUGCAUUGAGCAGGGAAUUCUCACAAUUUGAAGGGUGUAUUUUCAUCUGAUGCAGGAAUGACAAGUUAAUGCACAUCCUUGCUUUCUUUAGUUGGCCCCAUCAGAGAAAGGAGAGAUGAUGCAGUAAGAAAGUUGAGGGGAAGAAAGAUUCCAGCUAAAGUAGAGCAUUAGUAGUCAUCAGCUAGAAAACAGAAAAAGAGUUAAGAGAGACAGGAAGUUAGAUUUUCAUAACAGGAAAGAUGCAAGAAGACUAUCUGAGACAAGCAUAUUAAAAUGC